AAUUAUUGAAUUUCAUUUCUUGUAGCUUUGACACUUGAGAUUUGAGAUUUUAGUUUGGUUAACUCACGAUCUUCACACUUUCGCUAAUUAUUAGUAAUUGCCAUGUGUUUUGCUUGUGCCCGCAACUUGUUCGAUCAUAUGCUUCACUCACCGGACCGCCUUACACAUUAGUUUUUUUCGUUCUUUCAGUUAUCACCAUAAAAUGAGCAGCUCUGGUGAUAGCUCCCCUGAUUGGUUACGUUCUUUUCAGGCGCCCACUCAUUCGCCUGUGACACUGUCCUCGGAUUCUGGUUCUUUACAUGACAGUGGUAGCUUUUCAGAUGAGCAUAGAAUUGAUGAUGAUGAUGAAGAGUUAACUCCUAAGUCAUCAAAGAUUGCAAAGGUCAAAAAGAGCAAGAGUACUGCUAUUGGUGGAAGCAGUGCCAAGUCUUCAUCUAAAAAGACAUUAGAAGCAACGAGUCUUAAAGUAGAAGAUCAAACACCAUCCAGAAGAAAGAAAUUAGACACACAGAAGGAGAAAAAUGGGAAGAAUGAGGAAAAGAAGAUCACGGAUGAAUCAGACAUCGACAAGCAAACAGAGCACAAGGAACCCAUUCAUUCGAUUUGGGCAUUGUCAUCAGAUUCUGAGUCAUUCCAUGAUCAUAUCCCUAAAACUGAAGAUCAUAUUGAUCAGGUGGAAACUUCUCAGCCCCAAAUAUUUCAACCCCCUGGUGAUGGAGAAUGCGGGGAUGGACUUCUCCCUGACAAUAAUCAAAAGUCUCCAUCCAAAAAGGCUUCAGAAAAAAAGUCAUCACAAAAACAAAUAGAUGUAGAAGGUUCCACACCAGUAAAAGAGAAGAAAACAAAGGGCAAUACAAACGGGAAAUUAUCUGAAAAUGGGGCAGGUGGUGAUGGAGAUGUAGAAAUUGAAGAGGACGAAACUUUUGAAAAGCCUGUUGAACGAAAUGUUUCCUCCUCAAUGUUGCCUUUGAUGCUCUCUGAGAAAGUUCAUCGUACAAAGGCUCUUGUUGAGUGUCAAGGUGACUCCAUAGAUCUGAGUGGUGAUAUGGGAGCUGUUGGACGGAUUAUUAUCUCAGACUCCCCAUCUGGAGAUCCAGAAAUGUGCUUAGAUUUGAAAGGAACAAUAUACAAAACAACUAUAGUUCCUUGCCGGACAUUUUGCGUUGUUAGUUUUGGGCAGUCCGAGGCAAAGAUAGAGGCCAUCAUGAAUGACUUCAUACAGCUGAAUCCACAGUCUAAUGUUUAUGAAGCUGAAACAAUGGUUGAAGGGACAUUGGAUGGUUUCUCCUUUGACUCUGACGAGGAAGCUGGCAAGACGCAGAAAGCCACCCACCCAACUGAUCAAAACGAGCACGCUGAAGAGCAGCCGCAUGGUAAAUCCAAACGGAAGGCAGACAAAACAUCAGGUGCUGAAAAGAAAAGAGGUAGAAUUACUGGAGGAAAAUCACAGCCAAAGAUAGCAAAGAAAAAAGCUCCAACUGCCAAGAGGGCAAAGACUAAGAAAUGAGUCAAAGAAACAUUCUAUAAUUUCUUGUAUAUGCCAUGUACUAAAAUAACUAAUUCUUGAAUUUAAAAUACAGAUGCCGAAACAUUUUGCCAAUGACAGAGAUGGUGAAUCGGCGAUAUUAGAUCAGUUGCUGUUAGAGUUCGUACCAAACCCGAGCAGGAGAAUUUAAAGAAUAUGGUCUGCUGCAUGAGCUACUACCAAUUCCUUAUUAUAUUUCUCAUUAUCAGGCCUGUUUCAAUAUAUUCGUUGUGAUUUAUUUUUCAGUGGACGUUACUUCAAUUUGUUUCUUAUUUUUUCUUAGAAUUUAUCUGUAUUAGCUGCCUGCUAUUAUCCGAAGGGCCACAUGGCUCAUUAAUUGUUUUCCGAGCAUGUAGUAUAGAUAUUUUAGAGUGAGAUAAUGGAUUUGAGCAUUCAUACAUUCCUAUA